UUUCAAACAUCAAAGAGGUCACCGCACAGUAAGUCUUUGAAUCACAAGCACAAGAUGAAUGCCGAGUGUUAUUCACCCGAUUAGACAUUUUAAAACUCAGCGCUUUGGAAUGUUGUAUCUUCGAGGCUAUCAAUCAAAAGAUGACUGUAAUUCAAUCAUUGGUUCUACAACAGUUGGAACAGAUGGCUCAAUAUAUGAAAUCUCAGUAUGAAGUAAAUGUGGAAAACAAAUGUAUGUUGAUCAAUGCGGUUUCGGAUUAUACGAUUAGAAACAGUUUACCCAAUAGCGAUCUGAGCUACAUAAGCCAAAUAAAACAAUUUGCGAGCCAGCAGUUGGAACAACGGUGGACGAUGCUGGAAGAAUAUACUAAAGAAAUGUCUUCUAACGGAGAAAAAAUAUGCUCGUCAUUUUUUGGGUCGUUGGCCAAUGAUACAACAGAUGCAAAUAUACAGUCGGAAACAAUCAUACCAUCAAGUACAAACAACCAAGAAAUACCAACAGUAGUUGUUAGUAAUAGCUAUCCGUCGUGAAACGACAAGUAUCUAAAACAUGUAUAUAAUUUAUAAAAAAAAAA